AUGGCCGCGAAGUCGGACGGGCGGCGGAAGAUGAAGAAGGGUGGCGAGGUGGCGUUCACGCCGCUGCAGAACUCCGAGCACUCGGGCUCCGUGCAGGCGCUGGCCCCGGGGCUGCCCGCCGGCGCCGGGCCGGGCGGCGGCAGCGACGACGACGAGGCGCCCGGGGGCGGGUGCUGCAGCGGUGGCGGCGGCGGGGACGGCUCGGGCGGCGGCUCCCGCUGCUGCUGCUGCUGCUGCUGCUGCGGCGGCGGCAGAGGAGGAGACGGCGGCGGAGGCGGCGGCGGGGGCUCCCGGGGGUCGGGCGGGGGCUCGUCCUCCUUGUGCCUCCGGCUGGGCAGGGAGCAGCGGCGCUACUCGCUGUGGGACUGCCUCUGGAUCCUGGCCGCCCUGGCCGUGUACUUCGCGGACGUGGGCACCGACAUCUGGCUGGCGGUCGACUACUACCUGCGGGGCCAGCGCUGGUGGUUCGGGCUCACCCUCUUCUUCGUGCUCCUGGGCUCCCUCUCCGUGCAGGUCUUCAGCUUCCGCUGGUUCGCGCACGACUUCAGCACCGAGGACAGCGCCGCCGCCGCCGCCGCCGCCGCCGCCGGGCACUGCCCUGCCGCCGAGAGCAAGCUGCUGGUGAGCAGCGGCUCGGCGGCCGCGGACAUCGACGCCGCUCGCCCCUGCACGCCGCAGCGGCAGGCGUCCACCGCCAGCAAGAGCAACGCCACCAACAGCAGCAGCAACAGCAGCAGCAACGCCGGCGGCGGCGGCGCCGCCGGUCCCCGCGCCGGCGGCGGCAGGUCGGCGUCCUGCGCCUUCUGUAUCUGGCUCCUGCAGUCGCUCGUCCACAUCCUGCAGCUCGGGCAGGUCUGGAGGUAUUUCCACACAAUAUACUUGGGUAUCCGGAGUCGACGGAGUGGAGAGAAUGACAGAUGGCGGUUUUAUUGGAAAAUGGUGUAUGAGUAUGCAGAUGUGAGUAUGCUGCAUUUGCUAGCCACGUUUCUGGAAAGUGCACCACAGCUGGUCCUGCAGCUCUGUAUUGUUGUACAGACUCGUACACUCCAGGCUCUCCAAGGUCUUACUGCUGCAGCAUCUCUUGUAUCCCUGGCUUGGGCUUUGGCUUCCUACCAAAAGGCCCUCCGUGACUCCCGUGAUGACAAGAAACCCAUCAGUUACAUGGCUGUUAUAAUCCAGUUUUGCUGGCAUUUCUUCACAAUUGCAGCAAGGGUUAUUACCUUUGCUCUGUUUGCCUCGGUUUUCCAGCUGUACUUUGGGAUCUUCAUCGUGCUGCACUGGUGCAUCAUGACCUUCUGGAUCGUCCACUGCGAGACAGAGUUUUGCAUCACUAAAUGGGAGGAGAUAGUGUUCGACAUGGUUGUUGGGAUAAUCUAUAUCUUCAGCUGGUUCAAUGUCAAGGAAGGAAGGACACGCUGUAGGCUUUUCAUUUACUAUUUUGUGAUCCUUUUAGAAAACACCGCCUUGAGUGCUCUCUGGUAUCUGUACAAGGCCCCACCGAUCUCUGAUGCAUUUGCCAUACCAGCACUGUGUGUAGUGUUCAGCAGCUUUUUAACAGGCAUUGUUUUUAUGCUAAUGUACUAUGCCUUCUUUCACCCCAACGGACCAAGGUUUGGGCAGUCGCCAAGCUGUGCUUGUGAGGACCCUGCCGCUGCCUUCACCCUACCCCCAGAAGUGGCAACAAACACUCUACGGUCCAUCUCCAACAACCGGAGUGUGACGAGCGAGCGGGAUCAAAAGUUCGCAGAGAGGGACGGGUGUGUGCCUGUGUUUCAGGUGAGACCCACCGCACCGUCCACACCUUCAUCCCGGCCACCAAGGAUUGAGGAGUCUGUCAUUAAAAUCGAUCUGUUCAGGAACAGGUACCCAGCGUGGGAGAGACACGUGUUGGACAGGAGCCUGAGGAAGGCGAUCUUAGCAUUUGAAUGUUCCCCUGCUCCUCCACGGCUACAGUAUAAAGACGAUGCCCUUAUCCAGGAGCGCUUGGAAUAUGAAACCACAUUGUAA